ACUGUGACACCAGGUGGGUGCAAUCCAUCAUCAGAUAUAACAUAAAACCAGGAGCAGUCUGGCCCUUGUAGUGUAAGAUUUGAAUAACCCUGCUGUAAUUGCCUCCCUAGGCAGACGGGUUGCCUUCCACAUUAACAAUGUUCCCGUGCUGUUGUUGUAGUAGAGACAAAAGUGUUAUUUACAAAGCAGAGGUGUUCACUGGAGAAAUGCUGCACGCCGGCACCACGAACAGUAUCUAUAUACAUCUCCGUGGCACAAUGGAUUCAAGCCAUCGCAUCUGCCUCCCCAAAAGUAGAUUCAUUGGGGGCCACCGCCGAGGGGCUGUGAUUGAGCUUGAUGUGUUCUGUCCUUCCUCCCUGGGCCAUCUGGAGUUUGUGGUGCUGGAAUCAGAGCCGUACCUCCCAUUCUGCUUCCUCAACGAUGACUGGUUCUGCUCUAAAGUAGUGGUGACCACACCAGAGGGAGACACAGUCAACUUCCCCUGUUACCACUGGAUCUCAGGCCAUGAGCGGCUGAUGUUCAGAGAGGCCACUGGUAAACUGAUAUUCAAUGAGACCUGGCCAGAGGCCAUAGAAGAGAGAAAGAAGGAGCUGCAGAGUCGCCAAAAGAUGUACCGCUGGAGUAUAUAUGCCGAGGGUCUACCCCAAAUAAUGGAAUGUGACAGUGCUUCUGAUCUCCCUGCUGAGGUCCGCUUCUCUUUCACCAAGGAGUUGGAGUUCAAGUUCACAGCAGUCGAAGCAUUGUUGUCACUCAAACUAGAAACCCAUUCCACCAACAAGAAACAAUGGAAGAGCCUAGAUGAACUCAGUCACGUUUUCAAUGGACACAAGACUGACGUCUAUGAAUAUGUCGAAAAUAACUGGAAGGAGGAUGAGUUUUUUGGGUACCAGCUUCUGAACGGCAUCAACCCCAUGAUGAUCCAUCGCUGCUCCAAGCUUCCAGAGAACUUCCCCGUCACAGAAGACAUGGUGAAGGCUUCCCUUUUCGGAAAAAACCUUGAAGCAGAAAUUCAGAAAGGCAACAUCUUCCUGGUUGACUACAAGCGUCUACAUGGAGUGACAGCAAACGUGAUCCACGGGAAACAGCACUUCUUGGCUGCUCCUCUCUGCUUGCUCUAUGUGACCCCAGAAGAGAAGCUCAUUCCCAUCGCAAUCCAGCUGAAGCAGGAGCCUGGAGAAGACAACCCCAUCUUCCUUCCUACUGACUCUGAGUAUGACUGGCUCCUGGCCAAGAUCUUUGUGAGGAGCGCUGACUUCGCUGAACACGAGCUGAACUUUCACCUGCUGAGGACUCACCUGCUGGCUGAGGUGUUCGCCAUGUCGACACUGCGUAACCUACCAAUGGUGCAUCCCAUCUACAAGCUCCUGAUCUCUCACUUCCGCUACACUCUGCAGAUCAACACUCUAGCGAGACAGGCCCUCAUAUCAGAGAAUGGGCUGUUCACAGAGAAUGCCAGUAUAGGAGGUCCAGGGAUGGUGGAGUUCCUGAAGGAAGCUGUGGCCUCAUUGACCUACAGCUCCCUCUGUAUGCCGGAGGACAUCACAGCACGUGGUCUGGAGUCAAUCCCCAACUUCCUCUACAGGGAAGAUGGACUCAGGUUGUGGGACAUCGUUCACAGGUUUGUUCACAAUGUGAUUGGUCACUACUACACCUGUGACUCAGACGUCCAGAAGGACUCUGAACUGCAGAACUGGAUCAAGGAGAUCUUCUUCCAUGGGUUCCUGGCAGAAACCAGCACAGGAAUCCCUCAGUCUUUCAGUUUGAUGACAGAGCUGGUCAAGUUUCUCACCAUGGUGAUCUUCACAGUGUCUGUCCAACAUGCUGCAGUCAACAAUGGACAGUUUGAUUUUGGGGGCUGGAUGCCCAACUUCCCCAUCGCUCUGCAACAACCACCUCCCACCACUAAGGGGCAGUGUACUGAGAGCACCAUGCUGAAGACCUUCCCUGACAUCAAUACCACCGUUAAUGGCAUGGCAGCGCUGUACCUUCUGAGCAGGCAGUCCACUGACUUUGUUGCUCUUGGAAAUGGCUAUCAGGAUCACUUCAGCGAGAAGACCCCUCUGGAACUGAUUCACGAAACUCAAAAUGUGCUGAAGAAAUACAACUUUGAAAUCCAAGGCAGGAAUGUCUCUUUGCCCCUGUCAUAUACCUACCUGAAUCCCAACAAUGUGGAGAACAGUGUGGCCCUGUAAAAUGAGUCGGUCCUAUUUAUUAGGCACCAAAUGGAAGAAAUGCACAGACACAGAGAGAGACUACCUGGACUUGUCCAAUAAGAACCACUUGUUUUCAUUUUCCAUUGAAGCAUGUUUUACAACCUUUUUCUACGGUGUGCCCUAAUAAAUGCAACCUAGGUAAUUGA